UCUUGAAUUGUUUCCAUUCCAGAUACUAGUUCAAUCGGUUGGACUGCUUGCUGGUCGAUCUUGGGACCAAGUCUGCUCCUUGGCUCAUAUAGAAGUGGUUCGAAGGGAAGGGGGGAAUCCUUUCGAGCUUGACUCUCAUUCUUUCAUCGCGGCUGCUGUCCGUUUGAUCGACCACCAUGAAGAUCUCUGAAAAGUUGCAAAAGGCAGAAAGGGAAGGACGAACGUUUUGGAGUUUUGAAUACUUCCCUCCAAGGACAGCGCAGGGUUUACAAAAUCUGUAUGACCGUAUAGAGCGCAUGCGUGAGCUUGGACCGGAAUUUAUCGAUAUCACUUGGGGUGCUGGAGGCAAGAAUGCCGAUCUGAGCAAUAACUUGGUCCAGAUAUGUCAACGAAGCAUCGGCAUCGAGUGCUUCAUGCAUUUGACUUGUACAGAGAUGCCACAGGAAAAGGUCACCUGGGCAUUAGAUCAAGCCAAGGCGCACGGAUGCCAAAACAUUCUGGCGCUUCGAGGUGAUCCCCCACACGGCUCAUCAAGCUGGAAACCGACUCCAGGAGGUUUUCACUACGCCGUAGAUCUCGUCAAAUACAUUCACAAGACUUACCCUGGUGAUUUUUGUGUCGCUGUCGCUGGUUUCCCAGGGGGACAUCCCGAAACGGCAGAUACUCCAGAAGCGAGACAUCAGGAAAUGAUGUACUUGAAAGAAAAGGUCGACGCUGGAGCAGAGUUCAUCUUUACUCAAAUGUUCUACGAUACCGAUAUCUUUUUCGACUGGAUCAAGCGAGUUCGACAAGCUGGCAUCACGGUCCCGAUUAUUCCAGGAAUCAUGCCGAUCCAAAACUGGGACAAGUUUCAGACUUGGGUUAAGAGAGAAAGAAUCGUCGUUCCUCCACAUUUCUACGAGGCUUUGAAUCCUGUCGUUGGAGAUGAUGAGAAAGUACGAGCGGUAGGCACCAAAUUGGUCGGGGAUAUGUGUAAACGGAUCUUGGCCAACAAGGAAGCUGGCAUCAAGGGUCUACAUAUCUACACGCUGAAUCUGGAGAAGGGAGCCAAGAUGUUGUUGCAGGAAGUUGGCCUCGAGGCUCACCGCGAACAAGUCGCUCCUUUACCUUGGCGACCGAGUUUGGCUCCUCAUCGACGAUCAGAGAGCAUCCGACCCAUCUUUUGGGCCAAUCGAGUCAACUCGUACCUUUCACGUACGGACGAUUGGGACGAGUUUCCGAAUGGACGCUGGGGAGAUUCAAGAAGUCCAGCGUACGGUGAUCUGGAUGGGUAUCCCGUGUCGAUUGGAAUAUCAAGUACGGAAGCGUAUUCACUCUGGGGACACCCGACUUCGUUCGAAGAUGUCUGUCACCUCUUUGCGAGGUUCUGUCGUGGCGAUUUGACAAAACUUCCUUGGUCUUCCAAUCCUGCGGCUUCAGAGACGACAGUCAUCACGACUCAAUUGGCCAAGAUGAAUGAAUUGGGAUACCUAACCAUCAAUUCGCAACCUGCCGUCGAUGGUGUCUCGUCCGAAGACAAGGUACACGGGUGGGGUCCGGCCGGAGGUUAUGUCUACCAAAAGGCCUACCUUGAGUUCUUCGUCUCUCCUGAACUCUUGUCCAACCUCAUUCGCCGAAUCGAACGUGAUCCGAGGAUAACAUACUACGCCGUCAACAAGCAAGGCGACUUGCGGACCAAUACACACAGCGAGGGUCCCAACGCCGUCACUUGGGGUGUUUUCCCAGGUAAAGAGAUCGUUCAACCUACCAUCGUCGAAGCUGUCUCAUUCAUCGCUUGGAAAGACGAAGCGUUUGAACUAGGAUGUCAAUGGGCCAACCUUUACCCAGAAGACUCUCCAUCUCGACAGAUUAUCGAGCAAGUCAUGAACACGUCGUACCUUGUCAAUAUUGUCGCAAAUGAUUUCAAAGAUGGUUCGUCCAUCUUUGAGCCUUUUGAUCUGGACAUGAAGCCCUCCUUGACGAAUGGUCAGACGACCAACGGCGUGACUAUCAACGGAUCAGCUCCUACUCCUGAGCAGAACGGUGAUGGUGGUAUCGUCAAUGGGAUCAAAAAAAUGGUCGACACCUCCGUUCAAGCCGUAUCCAACGGUCAUUAGUCAAGGCCAUUCUCAAUCAAUCCUCUCUUGACUCAGAGAUAAAAAACUCAAGCUACGUUUCAACUCGUUGCUUUUGCUACAGUUUGGUCGCAUCAUUACUAGAAGAAUAUACCCAAGAUCAUCAAUACCCAUCAUCAUCAUUCCGAUAUACCUACUGGAUAUACCCCCCAAAACCAAUAGAAGAAGAACAAGAAGUUGCAUUUGUAUUUGCACGCCGGCUUUCAGGACAUACUCGCAUCUUUCAUACUCGAUAGAUGAAGAUGGAAACAAACACAAGGUGCAGAACCGGGUCACCGGUUCUUGUAGUUGGGAUAGAGGAAGAGGACGACGAGGACGACGAGGACGAGCCUAGACCGCUAGAUAUCAUGUGGGUCUGCAUCAUCACAUCAGUUGUUCUAUUUGUAAAGACGGAUCGGUUUCCGGAAGUAAAAAAAAAAACACAACAAAGGGGUUCAACACCGCAUCAUGUCAUUCAUGCAUAUAAUCAUCCAU